UGCAGAAGGAACUGAAGUCUGACAGAAACCUGAAGAUGAGCGUCCCCGACUACCUGCAGUGUGCCGAGGACCACCAGACGGUUCUGGUGGUGGUCCAGCCGGUGGGCAUCGUCCCCGAGGACCAGUUCUUCCGGAUCUACAAACGCAUCGCCAGCGUGAACCAGCUGAGCGUCCGCGACUCCCAGCGGCUGCUCUUCAUCCGCUACCGGCACCACUACCUGCCCGAGAACAACGAGUGGGGCGACUUCCAGACGCACCGCAAGGUGGUCGGGCUGGUGGCCGUCAGCACCUGCGGGUCGGCCCAGGACUGGCCGGCCACGGCCCAGCGCUUCCACGGACACAAGGAGGUUUACGGCUCGACGCUGUACGACUCGCGGCUGCUGGUGUUCGGCCUGCAGGGCGGCGCCGCCGAGCCGCAGCAGCCGCCGCGCACCGACGUGGCGUUCUACCCCGGGUUUGACGACUGUCCCGACGUGGAGCGGAGGAUCGAGGACUUCGUGGAGUCGCUGUUCAUCGUGCUGGAGUCCAAACGUCUGGACCGAGCCACGGAUAAAUCCGGGGACAAGAUCCCGCUGCUCUGCGUUCCCUUCGAGAAGAAGGACUUCGUGGGGCUGGACACCGACAGCAGACACUACAAGAAGCGCUGCCAGGGCCGCAUGAGGAAGCAUGUGGGGGACUUGUGUCUGCAGGCCGGGAUGCUGCAGGACGCUCUGGUCCAUUACCACAUGGCUGUGGAGCUGCUGAGAGGAGUCAACGACUUCCUCUGGCUGGGAGCGGCGCUGGAGGGCUUGUGUUCAGCCUCGGUGAUCUUCCACUACCCUGGAGGAACCGCAGGGAAGACGGGAGGACGGAAACCCAGUAUCUCCCAACCGCCCGACGCAGGGAAACGCCACAGACCCGGAGCUCAGGAAGUCCUCAUUGACCCAGGAGCUUUGACGGCCAACGGCAUCAGCGCCGACACCAGCACCGAGAUCGGACGAGCCAAGAACUGUCUGAGUCCAGAGGACAUUAUUGACAAGUACAAGGAGGCCAUUUCUUACUACGGGAAGUACAAGAACGCGGGGGUGAUAGAACUGGAAGCCUGCGUGAAGGCCGUGCGGGUCCUGGCCAUCCAGAAGAGAGCUAGAGAGGCCUCGGAGUUCCUGCAGAACGCCGUCUACAUCAACCUGGGACAGCUGUCGGAGGAGGAGAAGAUCCAGCGCUACAGCAUCCUGUCCGAGCUCUACGAGCUGAUCGGUUUCCUCAGGAAGUCGGCGUUCUUCAAGCGCGUGGCGGCGAUGCAGUGUGUCGCCCCGACGAUCCCAGAACCGGGCUGGAGGGCCUGCUACAAACUCCUGCUGGAGACGCUGCCGGGAUACAGCCUGUCCCUGGACCCGCACGACUUCAGUACAGGUUCCCACCGGGGCUGGGCGGCGGUGCAGAUGCGUCUCCUCCAUGAACUCGUCUACGCCUCCAGACGGAUGGGGAACCCGGGGUUGUCGGUCCGACACCUGUCCUUCCUGCUGCAGACCAUGCUGGACUUCCUGUCUGACCAAGAGAAGAAGGAGGUGACCCAGAGUCUGGAGAACUACACCUCUAAGUGUCCGGGGGGGAUGGAGAUCAUCACGCUGCCCGACGGACUCAAGCUGCCUCCGGUUCCCUUCACCAAGCUGCCCAUCGUCCGGUCGGUGAAGCUGCUCAACCUCCCCGUCAGCCUCCGUCCUCACAAGCUGAAGGGUCUGCAGGGAAACGUGUCCACGGCCAGUCCCUUCAUCUACUCCCCCAUCAUCCUGCACACCCGGGGGGGGGACAAGGACAAGAUCGACUUCCAGUGGGUCCAGGGAGACGUGUGUGAGGUCCAGCUGAUGGUUUACAACCCCAUGCCCUUCGAGCUGCGGGUGGAGAACAUGGGUCUCCUAACGUCCGGUGUGGAGUUCGAGUCUCUUCCUGCUGGACUUUCCCUCCCGGCCGAGUCCGGACUUUACCCAGUUACCCUGGUGGGAGUUCCCAGAACCGCUGGUACCAUCACGGUUAACGGUUACCACACGUCGGUGUUCGGGGUGACCAGCGACUGCCUGCUGGAGAGUCUCCCCGGGGUGAAGACGGGUGGGUGUCUGGUGGAGGUGAUCCCGUCUCUGCCUCGUCUGCAGCUCAGCACCUCUCUGCCACGGUCGGCCCACGUGCCCCAGCCCAUGAGCAAGGAGGAGGUUUCCAGCUCUGUGUCCAUCCAGCUGUUCAACGGAGAGACGCAGCAGCUGCAGAUCACGCUGGAGAACAUCGGAUCGGAGGACAUCGAGACGCUGGAGCUGUCGUCCAAGAUGGUGACCACCAAAGAGAAAGUCCUGGGCCAGUUCCUGGUCUGGGACCCGGCCCAGUUCCGGUCCCAGCUGCCGGUCCGGCCCGGUGGGUCCGUCUCUCUGAGCGUCAGCAUCCGGGCCCAACUGGACUUCUCUGGUCAGGAGAACCUGCUGCAGGACCUGAACGACGAUGGCAUCAGUAUCACGGGUCUCCCCAUCUCCAGCCCGCUCCGUCAGGUCCUCAAACCGGUCCGGUCCGACAGCAAGACCCUCGUCGGAGACCCGGCCAAGAACGAGUACAGCCACGUCAAGACCCUGGAGGCGGUUCUGAACUUCCGGUACUCUGGAGGACCAGGAGGAUCUGAAGGUUUCUACAGGGAACUGGGUCUGGGGGUCCACGUGGACCUGGAACCCUCUCUGUUCUUCACCCGGGUCAGCACGCUGCCCGCUACCAGCACCCGUCAGUGUCACCUGCUGCUCGACAUCUUCAACCCAACAGAACACGAGCUGACGGUCCGAGCCAAGAACAAUCAGGACCUGGUUCUGCACGCCAGCGAGUGCCAGAGAAUGGCCAUCCAGGUGGACAAGUUUGACUUUGAGAGUCUCCCCGACCAGGUCCAGGUCCAGGACCAGGACCAGAACCAGAACCAGAACCGGUUCUCCAGCCCCCGGCAGCAGGAGGAGGAGCGGCAGCUCGCCCAAGGCUGCAGGAUCAACGGCAAGCUGGGCCUCGGCUGGACCAUCCCGUCCCUGCGGCGUCAGGGCUCGGCCAGCGUGGAGGGAGUUCUGAACAAACUGGUGCUGGAGCAGCUGCAGCUGGCGCCGCUGCAGUGGGACGUGCUGGUGAACGGGCAGCCGUGCGACUGCGACGUCGUAGCCGACUGCGUGGUGGGCGACGCCGUGACGCUGGAGGUGAAACUGACCAACCGCAGCAGGAGCCCGGUGGGGCCGCUGGCCCUGACCGUGGUGCCGUACCAGGACUACCAGAACGGAGUCCAGAACCACGACCUGGACCGGGCCGUCACCUUCAUCGGAUCCAGCACCUUCUACAUCCACGCCGUGGACUCCGGCCGGAGCUCGGUCUGCGAAGGCGCGCUGCUCUUCCUCUACGCCGGAGACUUUUACCUCAACAUCAAGUUCCAGGACGACCGGAACGACCGGAGCGACCGGAGCCGGCGGGAGCUGCCGCUGGCCUGGUUCACGCUGCCCAGCGUGCACGUCCGGGCCCGGGAGGGGCCCCUGCAGGCUGGGGCCUAGGGCCCUAAAGGGGGCGGGGCUUAGGGCCCUA